AUGAAGUUCCCAUAUAUGCAGAUGUUUUGUCUGAUUUUCAUCUUCUUCCCAACUGUAAUAUCAGCAGCGGAUGUCUUUCCAGGUUCAACCCUGUAUGCAUCAAACCCACAAAAUUCAUGGGAUUCUCCGAACGGAACAUUCUCACUUUCCUUCAUACAAGAAGCUGAAAACAUCUACUUUGCUGCCAUAAUCUACAACGGAAUUCCCGUUUGGAAAGCUGGUGGAGAUCCACGUAGUGCCGUAAAUUCCUCCGCCGCCCUCCGCUUCCUUGCCGACGGUAACCUCCAGCUCGUCUACACCUCGACAGGUUUUGUGGUCUGGCAGUCGAAUACUGCUGGACGGGGCGUCUCCAGGGGUACCCUUGAUAAUUCAGGCAACUUCAUACUCAGUAAUGGAAGUGGUCCAGUAUGGACUACCUUUGAUAAUCCCACUGAUACAAUUCUCCCAGGGCAAAACUUUACUGUCGACCAAGUUUUGCGAUCUGGAUUGUAUUCGUUUCACCUAUUAAGGUCUGGAAAUAUGACUCUUCGAUGGAAUGAUACGAUUGUCUAUUAUUCCUCUACUGGGAUUAACGGUUCAUUAGCUAACUCGAGCUUGACUUCUCCAAGCUUAGGUCUUCAACAACCAGUUGGGAUCUUUUCACUUUUUGACCCAACGCUUUCAAAUCCAUUGAUUAUGGCUCGUAGCAGUGAUUAUGGUGAGGUUACUGAUGAUUCUAUUCGGUUCGUGAAGUUGGAGAGUGAUGGGAAUUUGAGAACUUAUAGUUCUGCUAGGAAUAGUGGAAGUGGGAACAAAAUUGUGAGAUGGACUGCUAUUAGUGACCAGUGUCAAGUUUUUGGUUAUUGUGGGAACAUGGGAAUUUGCAGCUAUGAUGAUGACUUCAAUCCGGUGUGUGGAUGUCCAUCGGAGAAUUUUGAUCCGAUUGAUCCAAAGGAUCCUAGGAAGGGUUGUAAGAGGAAAGUAGAAAUUGCGGAUUGUUCGGCUCGAGCAAUGUUGUCGUUGAAUCAUUCUACGUUGUUAACAUACCCUCCAGAGACGAGUUCGCAGGUUCACUCAGCAAGUAUCACAGCGUGCAAGUCUUUAUGUCUCUCUGAUAAUUUGUGUUUGGGUUCAACUUCCUUAGCAGACGGGACAGGAGUUUGUUAUUUAAAACUAUCAGAAUUUAUCAGUGGAUAUCAAUCGCCAACGCUUACUAGCACGUCUUAUGUCAAGUCAAAAACCUAA